AUGAGUUGUAGGAGAGUGCUCAAGUCGAUACAAGCCUUGGCGGCUCAUAGCUUACUCUUCUGUUUCACGCUCUCGUUGGUCCUUAAGCUUGAUCACGCCGUCGCUUCCUCAUGGUGGAUGGUAUUUUUGCCGCUGUGGGGUUUUCAUGCAGUGACUGCAAGAGGAAGAUUCUCUCUUCCUGCUCCUGUUGCUCCGCGUAACCGUCAUUGGGCUCCAUGCCAUGCUGUUGUGGCGACCCCGUUGCUUGUAGCUUUUGAAUUGCUUCUCUGUAUAUAUCUCGAGAGUUCUUAUGGUAGCUGGCCACCAGCUGUGAGUUUGAAGAUUGCAUCCCUACCGUUAUUGGCAUUUGAAGUAACCAUACUGAUAGACAAUUUGAGGAUGUGUCGAGCACUGAUGCCAGGAGACGACGACAGCUUAACUGAUGAAGCAAUAUGGGAGGCACUUCCUCAUUUUUGGGUUGCUAUUUCCAUGGUGUUCACAUUGGCUGCUACAUUCUUUACCCUCCUAAAGCUUUCUGGCGAUGUAGCUGCUCUCAGCUGGUGGGAUUUAUUUAUAAAUAUUGGAAUUGCCGAGUGCUUUGCUUUUCUUGUUUGUACAAAAUGGUCCAACCCAGAGAUCCAUAGAAGCUCACGCGCUCGAGAGACGGGGUCAUCUUCUAACACUAUUAGAUAUCUUGACUGGAAUAGUGGCCUAGUAGUUGCUGCAGAAGAGGAUGGGCACCAAGAUAGAUUGUGUGGUUUACAAGAUAUUGGUGGUCACCUGUUGAAAAUUCCCGUCAUUGUAUUUCAAGCUGGCCUUUGCAUGCAUCUAGAGGGGACUCCUGAAAGAGCGAAGGAUAUAUCUAUUCCAGUCCUGUUUUCUCCACUAUUCCUAUUGCAAGGCCUUGGUGUUCUCUUUGCUGCAUCUAAAUUAAUAGAGAAGAUCGUCGUCUUACUGCGCGGGGAAGCUGGCUCAGGGUUUUAUUUUAGAUUUUCAUCAAGAGCCCAUGAUUGCUUGGGUUUCUUGCACCAUGGUUCCAGACUAUUAGGUUGGUGGUCGAUUGAUGAAGGAAGCCGGGAGGAACAAGUUCGACUGAACUUUGAUCGAGAAUCUGGUUACAAUACCUUUAGUGGUCACCCGCCUGAGAUAGUCAAGAAAAUGCCAAAGGAAGAUCUUGCUGAAGAGGUGUGGAGACUUCAAGCAGCUCUUGGCGAACAAACCGAAAUCACAAAAUUCAGCCAGAAGGAAUAUGAAAGACUGCAAAAUGAGAAGGUGCUGUGUAGGGUUUGCUUUGAAAAUGAAAUCAGUUUGGUCCUGCUUCCAUGUAGACACCGUGUUCUCUGCAGAACCUGUUCAGAAAAGUGUAAAAAGUGUCCAAUAUGUCGUGUAGCCAUUGAAGAACGACUACCUGUAUACGACGUUUGA